AAUUCAGCACAUCACUUUUAUUUAUUUCCUUUGUGGCUUGUUUACAUCGAGCGAGUGUAAUAAAAUACAAAGCCAAAAUGAAGAUGAAACUUGUCGAUUCUGUUGUAAAAAGUUUUAAAGUUGCAAAGGUAUUCCGUGAAAAUACUGACAAAAUCAACGCGAUCGAUUUCUCUCCCAAUGGUGAACAUUUGAUUUCAUGCAGCGAGGAUGACCAAAUUGUUAUUUACGAUUGUGAAAAAGGAACCCAGUCUCGAACUGUUAACUCAAAGAAAUAUGGCGUUGACUUAAUACGAUUCACCCACGCCAACAAUACAGCAAUUCACAGUUCAACUAAAGUAGAUGACACCAUACGAUACUUAAGUCUCCAUGAUAAUAAAUAUUUACGCUACUUUCCUGGCCAUACUAAAAAAGUAAUUUCGCUGUGUAUUUCGCCGGUUGAGGACACUUUUCUAUCUGGUUCUUUGGAUAAGACUUUGCGACUAUGGGAUCUGCGCUCACCCAAUUGCCAAGGCCUAAUGAAUUUACCUGGACGCCCUGUUGCUGCAUACGACCCGGAAGGAUUAAUAUUUGCAGCUGGCGUUAACUCUGAGAGCAUUAAAUUGUAUGAUUUGCGAUCAUUUGAUAAAGGUCCUUUUGUCACUUUCAAACUAUAUCAAGAAAAAGAAUGUGAUUGGACUGGUUUGAAGUUUUCAAGGGAUGGCAAAAUAAUUCUUAUUAGUACAAACGGGUCUAUUAUACGUUUAGUAGAUGCGUUUCAUGGUACUCCUUUACAAACAUUUACUGGUUAUCCGAACAACAAAGGUAUUCCCAUAGAAGCAAGUUUCAGCCCAGAUUCACAAUUUAUAUUUUCGGGAAGUACAGACGGCCGAGUACACAUAUGGAAUGCCGAUACUGGUUGUAAAGUAUGUGUUUUAAAUGGGGAUCACCCAGGGCCCGUGCAGUGCGUACAAUUCAACCCCAAAUACAUGAUGCUUGCAUCGGCUUGUACUAAUAUGGCUUUUUGGCUGCCAACUGCUGAAGAGGAUCUAUAAAAUCGUUUAUAAAAAUAAAAAUCUUUGUAUGUAUUCUUGGAACUAAAUCGAAAUUUAAAUUUUAGUUAAUAGAAAUAAAUAUAAACCAA